AUGGCGAUGAGCACGAUGCUGUACCACGAGCACGAUGCUCUGAGGACCGAUGGGAGCAGUAUUAACGAGGCACAGCAUCCAUCUCCAGCAUCACAUCGCCCAAAUACACGGUCUCCACCGAAUACACGCAAGAUGUCGCUUUUCGAGAAGUCCGCAGACAAGCUCCACGCACCUGUGGCCGCGCUCCAGCUGCCCAUCCCAGCUUUCGGCGACAUUAGCAAGGCCGCCAACGACCUCAUCAACAAGGACUUCUACCACACCGCACAGGCAACCCUCGAUGUCAAGCUGAAGGCGCCAAACGGCACCAACGUCAACGUCAAGGGCAAGCAGGGCUUCGACGGCGUCACCAGCGGCUCCAUUGAGGGCAAGCACACUCUCAAGCCUCAAGGUAGGCAGACACCCUAUCUCACUCCAUCCGACUCAGAUGACAGCGACGUGGUGCAAACACCCGCGAGGCGCCAAAAGAGGGACGCGGGCUUCCUUACAUCCUACUCAAUGGUGAUGAGGUUGCCUGCACCUUUGCGCACACAUCUCGCCCUGUUCGUCAUGAGCAAACCAAACGGCGAUGAUGCGCAGAACAUAUACGGGCUGACAUUACGACAUCGCAAAGGCGUCACCAUCACCCAGUCAUGGAACACCGGCUCGCUCCUCGACAGCAAGGUUGAGCUCGCCGACGUCGUUGCACCAGGCGUCAAGGUCGAUCUCCAGAACCUCUGGAACCCAGCCAAGGAGGGCUCCGCCGCGCAAAAAGUCAACCUUGCCUUCAAGAACCCAAACGUCCACUCCCGCGCAUUCCUCAACUACGCCACCGCCAAGGGCAACGUCGAUGCUGUUAUCGACGUGACCGCUGGCUCUGACGGUUUCCUCGUUGGUGGUGAGGCUGGCUACGAUGUCCAGAAGGCUGCCGUCACCAGGUACAGCUUGGGUAUCGGCUACCAGAGCCCAACCUACACCGCCAGCAUCAUCGGCACCCAGAACCUCUCAGUCAUCGCUGCCAGCUACUACCAGAAGGUCAACCCAGCCGUCGAGGUUGGCGCCAAGGCCGGCUACGAUGUUCAGGCACAAAAGGCCAACGGUCUCGAGCUCGCAUCCAAGUACAAGCUUGAUGCUCUUUCCUUCGCUAAGGCCAAGAUCAACGACCGCGGUAUCGCCGCCCUUGCUUACAGCACCAAGCUCAACGCCGGCACCACCAUUGGUCUCGGUCUCUCGCUCGACACCAACAAGCUCAACGAGGCCGGCCACAAGAUCGGCACCUCGCUCACCUUCGAGGGGCACAUCGGAAUCCGCUACGCCAAACCUCCCCUCGGGCCCAUCCGCUUCGCGCGCCCUCAAGACCCGGAGGUGACUGAAGGCGUCCAGAUGGCGGAUAGCCAUGGUGCCUAUUGUUUGAAGACCAAGGGAGGCCCGCCGACGAGCGAGAUGGAUGAGGAUUGUUUGUUUUUGGAUGUUUAUGCGCCGACGGGGGCGGGUUUGGGCACGACGCCGGUGUUCUUUUUUGUGCAGGGGGGUGGGUUUAAUAGUAAUGCUGGGCCGAAUUUUAAUGGGAGUGGGAUUGUGGUGGCGGGGAAUAUGGAGGUGGUGGUUGUGGUUUUUAAUUAUCGGGUUGGACCCUACGGUUUCCUCGCCGGCAAAGAAGUAGGCGACAUCAACAAUGGUCUCCACGAUCAGAGAAAGGCUCUGGAGUGGGUACAACAAUACAUCCCCCUCUUCGGCGGCAACUCCUCCCACGUCGUGCUGGCUGGAGAUAGCGCAGGCGCCCAAUCCGUAACCCUCCACACGACAGCCUACGGCGGCCGCAACGACAACCUCUUCCACGCCAUCGCAGCAGAAUCACAAUCGUUCUCCGCCCUCCGCACAGUCGAAGAGUCCCAGUUCGCAUACAACAACCUCGUCAUUCGCGCGGAAUGCUACACUGAAGCGGAUACGUUGGCCUGUCUUCGAAAUUUGAGCGCGAAGGCGUUGCAGAAGGUUAAUGUGAAUACGGAAUUCCCCACCGCGCAGAGUCCACCGCUAUACAUGUACGGCCCCGUCCUGGAUUAUGAUUUCAUUUCGGAUUACACAUACCGCGCCUACGCCCAGGGCAACUUCAUCAAAGUCCCAGCAAUCUACGGCGACGACACGAAUGAAGGUACCGGCUUUGUUCCCAACGAUACGGCGUCCUACGCUGAAACCACAAAAUUCCUGCAAUCUCAAUUUCCCGACCUGACGCUCUCGCAUCUCGGAAAGAUUCAGGAAUUCUACCCCGUGGAGAAUACCCCUUACUUCCCAGAUACGGGGAGAUUCUGGAGACAGGCGAGUGACGCAUACGGCGAGUUACGGUAUAUAUGUCCCGGCAUCAACGUGUCCGCCGAGUAUGCGAGGCAGGGCGUGCCGGUUUGGAAUUACCGCUGGAAUGUCAUCGAUCCGCCCUCAAACCUUGACGGCAACGGCGUCAGGCAUACCAUUGAAGUCAACGCGAUUUUCGGGCCGGAGAAUACGCAAGGCCAGGCUCCAGCAUCCUACUACCCGGGUCAAGUGAAUUGGGGGAUUGUGGAGAUUGUGCAGGGGUAUUGGACGAGUUUUAUCAGGACGUUCAAUCCGAACACGUUGAGAGUCCCAGGAACGCCGGAGUGGGAGCAGUUUGCGGGGAUGAGGAGGUUGAAGUUUGAGACGGGAGCGAUGGAGAUGGAGAGUGUGCCGGAGGGGCAGAGGGAGAGGUGUGGAUACCUGGCGGGGAUUGGGGUGGAGUUGAAGCAGUAG